GACAACGCUCCCGGAGGCCCAUGGACGUCCCUCAGCUCCUUCUUCUCACCUUCCUCGUCCUCCUCCACCGAGCCAUGGGUGAUGACAUCGUGACAGAGGUGGUUGGAGCCGAGGGAAGGUCUGUCACCUUCCUCAUCCACCAUCUGGAUGGAGAAGCAGCCGCCUGGAGCUUUGAUGAUGUAGCCAUAGUGACUGUGAUAUUCCGUGAUCCUCCUGGAGUCGUGUUUUUAGACAAAAAAUACAAGACACGCUUCACCUUCUCCGAGCAGGGCAGGGCCCUCACCAUCUCCCAGCUCAGGAUGGAGGACGCUGGCACCUACUCUUUACAGAACUCAGAGGGAAAAUCCACCUUCACCCUGCAGGUGUACAGGGAGCUGGCAGAGCCCCGGGUGAGCUGCGAGGCCCAGAACUGCUCAGGCGGGGGCUGCCGCUACGCCCUGCGCUGCUCCGCGCCCGGCCCCGGCCUGGGCAGCGUCUCCUACGGCUGGAGCGAGGGGGAGCAGCCCCGGGGAGAGGGGCCCACGGUGCUGCUGGAGGAGUCACCCCCGCACGGGUCCGUGUCCCUCACGUGCCGGGCGCGGAACCCCGUCAGCAACAGCAGCGUCACCGUCUGGCCCGGGCACCUGUGUGCAGCCUCCGCCUCCGCCCCUCUGCCCGCGAUCGUUGCCUGUGCCCUGGCGGUGACCGGAGUCGUGGUGCUUUUAGUCGCUGUGUUCUACUGCAGAUCCAGAGGCUGGAGGAUGUUCCCUCUGUCUGCGGCCGAGGCUACGGACACAGGGCCCAGGCAGGAGCUGACGACCGUGUACGCCCAGGUCAACCCCUGGCAGCAGAACGUCCCGAACGCGACAAGAGACAACCCGAGGGGGGAGAACUCCACAACCAUCUACGCCACGGUCAAGGCUCCAGCCCAGACGGACGAUGAGAAGAUGGGCAGCACCGUGCUGGGGGGGCAGGAGGUGGAGGAGAAGAGCAUCUACUCGCUGGUUGUGUGAAGGACCCCCCAGCUCGGCUCCAGCGCAGCUCCCCAGCCCGGCCCGAGCCUGGAGCUCCUCCUCCCUUCCCUGCUGUCGCUGCUGCCUCCACUCCACCCUCGGCAGCGGGUCCUGCGAGGGCGCAGGGGGGUCAGGAAGGGUGUCAGCACCCGGAGGAUGUGAGCCCCGAGGGAGGAUGUCGACACCCUGCGAGCGCAGCCCCGUCUGCCGCGGGAGCUCUGGGGAGCUCUGCCCUUGUUUUCGGCAGCCACGCGGGGUUUGAGCUCCCUUUUUCCACCUGCUUUGACCGAAACUGUGGCUGCUCGUCCCGGGGGCGAGGACUUGAGGGUUUUGGAAGCAUUUUCCGACCUAAAUGAGUUGAAAAAAACCCAAAAAAAGUAACUGAGUGCCACGUGCAGUCGUUCCUUGGACACCUCCACGACCGGUGACCUCCCCGGGCAGCCCCUUCCAAAGUUUAAAAACCCUUCCCCUGAAGAA